UUUAUGAUACACAUUUCAAUUUUGCGUUUUCUUUAAUGUUGUUUUCCAAUAUUUGUUACUGAUCUUCAACAGCGGCAACAAAUCUCUCUGUUCACGUAUUUUUCGGUAGAACUUCAAUGUGUCCGUCCGUCUAUUUCCAAUUGCCAGAGGUCAGGUGGUUUUGACAUUAGCAAUUACGCUCUUAUUUCCAGUGAGAGAUGAGUUGGGCAUCUCUUUAAAACUGAUUUCAACGUUUAAACACGGUGUUAUUGUUAUGUUGCUAGGCUUGCAUUUCUUGAGGAGAGGUUAUUAUAAUUUAAUAAAUAGAAUGGAAUAUCCCAUAGCCCGGAAAGAUUUUUCAUAUGUGGAUAAGGUCCAUGGCGAAGAAUUGUUUGAUGUCUAUCGUUGGUUAGAAGAUCCAAAUGCCGACGAAACAAAAAUAUUUAUUGAAAAGCAAAAUAAAAUUAGUAAAAACUUUAUCGAGGAAGGGAGUGAUAGAUGUCGCAUUGAAAAAAAACUGACAAAAUUAUGGAACUAUCCUAAAUAUAGCUGCCCAACAAAGCAUGGAGAAUAUUAUUAUUAUUAUGUUAACACUGGAUUACAGAACCAGAAUGUUCUAUUUCAACAAAAGAAGCGUGGGGAUGAGCCGAACGUUUUCUUGGAUCCCAACAAAUGGUCAGAGGAUGGAACAAUCGCUUUAUCCCAAAAGUCUUUUUCAGACGAUGGGAAUUACAUGGCGUAUGGAAUAAGUGAAAAUGGGUCAGACUGGUUAAAAAUAAAAAUUCGUGACGUUAAAUCAGGCGAUGAUCUCAAAGAGACGUUAGAAAAAGUGAAAUUUAGUGAAAUUUCUUGGACUCUCGAUAACAAGGGUUUUUUUUAUGCCAAAUAUGAUCAAGUCGAAAGUGCAGAUGGGGCAGAAGUAAAGCAAAACGAAAAUCAAAAGCUUUAUUAUCACUAUGUCACUAAAAACCAGAAUGAAGAUAUCUUGGUCGCAGAGUUUCCUGAGGAACCCUCUUGGCGAAUACAAGCUGUCGUGUCUGAUUGUGGAAGGUAUUUGAUCAUGCCCAUAGUUAAAGGUUGCCGCGAUAAUCUUCUUUAUUACAUUGAAUUAAAUGAAUCGGACAAAAUACAGUCAGGCUUAAAUGUGAUAAAAGUGAUAGAUAAAUUUGAAUAUGAUUAUGAGUACAUUACCAAUGUCGGACCAAAAAUGUAUUUUAGGACAAACAAAAAUUCUCCCAAUUACAGAAUUGUUAUCAUUGAUUUGGAAAACCCCCGUGAAGAACAUUGGGAAACAAUCAUUCCAGAACAAGAAAACGAUGUACUAGACUGGGCCAAAUGCGUCGAUGGUGACAAAUUGUUGUUAUGUUAUAUGCAAGAUGUCAAGAGUGUCCUUCAAGCAAAUUGUAUUGAAACUGGAAAGUUAGUUAAAAAGUUUCCUUUGGAUAUUGGAGCUGUUGUAGCAGUAUCUGGCAAGAAAAAAUAUUCUGAAAUUUUUUUUAAUUUCUCAUCAUUUUUGAAUCCUGGGACUAUUUAUCAAUAUGAUUUCGGGUUACCGAAUAAAGAAUUACAAAUAUUCCGCGAAAUUAAAUUACAACUGGAUGGGUUCAGCCAAUAUGACUAUGAAAUAAAACAAAUAUUUUAUAAUAGUAAGGAUGGGACAAAAAUACCUAUGUUUAUAAUACGCAAAAAGAAGGAAAUUAUAUCGCCUCAACCGUGUCUCCUCUAUGGUUAUGGUGGCUUCAAUAUAAGCCUACAACCCUCUUUUUCUGCCACAGGAUUAAUGUUCAUGGAUACAUUCGAUGGCAUAUUAGCAUACCCGAAUUUACGUGGAGGAGGUGAAUACGGCGAAAAAUGGCACAACGCAGGCCGACUUUUGAACAAACAAAAUGUUUUUGAUGAUUUCCAAGCAUCAGCCGAAUAUUUAAUUAGUAAUAAUUACACAACUAAAUAUCGUCUGGUGAUACAGGGAGGAUCAAAUGGAGGACUGUUAGUUGGUGCCUGUAUUAAUCAACGACCCGAUCUCUUUGGCGCAGCUGUCGCGCAAGUUGGUGUCAUGGAUAUGUUGCGUUUCCAUAAAUUUACUAUUGGGCAUGCUUGGUGCUCUGAUUAUGGGGACCCUAAUGAAAAGGAACAUUUCGAAAAUUUGUUGAAAUAUUCGCCUCUGCACAAUGUUCACGUUCCAAAUAAAAAGUGUGAAGAAUAUCCUUCUACCUUAAUUCUUACAGCAGAUCAUGAUGACCGUGUCAGCCCAUUACAUUCGUUAAAAUUUGCAGCAUCUCUACAAGAUGCAGUACGAAAUUCUGCUCAAGAAAAUCCAAUUCUUCUACGUGUCUAUAGUAAAGCUGGUCACGGUGCUGGUAAACCGACUUCUAAGAGGAUAGAAGAGUCUGCUGAUAUUCUUACUUUUAUCCGAAAAACUAUAAAUGUUGAUGUUGUAAAUCUCUAACAUAAUAAUAUAUAAUAUUAAGUGCUUUAUUAAAAUAUGAUAUGGUGCAGGAAAACAUUACCCCGCAUUUUAAAUUAAUUCUGAAUUAAUCAAGAGAACCAUGCUCCAUUAAAUUGUGGCUUAUAAUGACAAUAGAAAACAUAUGCCGGAUAACCGUAGUUAAACAACUAAAUUAUUAUAAUUUUUAAACUCUUGCAACAUGUUGCCACAGAGUAUAAUAGUUUUGUUCACCUGACUGUGGUUUGUGUCACCUAAAUAUAAAUAUCUUGAUAAAACCUGGUACAAUAAGAAGUUCGGUAUUGUACAUGGGCGUAAUCGGACCAAAUAAAUGCAUCAGAGGCCUCAAAUUUUACACCCGGGAUGAUAAAUAAGGACAUUGUUGUUAAAAUUGGACAAUGGGCGUGCCACCGCCCACAUUUAGCUGAAAUUACAUAUCUACUGAAAUACUGGACCAAUUUCAACCAAAUUUGGUAGGUGACAUUAUCCAGAAAUUCCUAUGUCACUGUGUGAAAUACAACUGCACCUAAUUUCCAUAUAAAACAGUUUUUAAUUUCAUUUGAUUCUCUCAAUUUUCCGUAUACAAUUCAAGCAGCAAAGAAUAUAUCGAGAUGUAACUUUGUCCAAAUAGUAUCUUUAAGGUAUGUCAUCUUCUAAAACUCGUCAAAAUCGGACCAAAACUCUUAAAGCCCCUAGGAUACGUGGACGUAUUGGAGACACGUACCCUGUGCUUUUGCGAAUUUUUGACCGAAAAUACCGGUAAAAGUAUGAGAUAUAUUAUUGAAAUCCGGGAGAAUCCUUUUCCGAUAAUAGUAUGAUUGCAUGUCCAAAAACGGUUGAAUCGGGACAAUAUUUCUCCUAGGCCCUAUAUACCUAAAGUAUAGAUCUUCGAACUUCCGGCUGACUUUAUAUUGCAUAUAUCGGCCAAUACAUGAGUUAUCUUUAUGAAAUUUAUAGAGCGUGUUUCUCUGAUAACGGUUGUUUAAAAUGGAUAAAAUCGGGUGAAAACUAGCCCCCAUAUACCAAAACCAAUAUCAGUAUAUUGAAACGACCGGUGACUACUCCAUAUACCAUAUAUUGGUCAUGGUAUGUGAGGUACCUUAAUGAAACUUAGGAAGCAUGUUUUUCUGUUAACAAUAUGUGGUAUUGCAAAACCUGGUAAAAUAGGGUCAAUUCUACCCUAUACCUAAUGAACAAUUUUCAAAUUUCCGGUUGACUUUAUAUCGUAUAUAUUGGUCAAUAUGCAAGAUAUCUUAGCAAAAUUAACCUUUCAUGAAUAAAGAAGUUUCAAUACAAGACCUUGAUUUUAAUCGUUCUGCUUGUAUGGCAGCUAUGGUAGAUGAUAUAGUGGUCCGAUCUGGAAAAUUUCCCCAUAUAUUGUAGAGUUGCCGUGGACAAUAAUCCAUGCCAAACAAUCUUGAAGAUAUCUCGUCAAAUUAAAAAAGUUUUUCAAACAAGAACUUAAUUUUAAUCAUACAGUUUGUAUGCCAGCUAUAUGCUAUGUUAUAGUUGUCUGAUAUGAACGACAGACGAACAUGGCUAAAUAAACUCAACUCGACACGCUGACCAUCAAUAUAUACAUUUUAUAGGGUUUUCGACGGUUCCUUCUGGGUGCCUAAGACAGACAUAAUGUACUAUAUUUAAGCUCUUCUGCCAAAAUAAUACGUUUUUUAUUAUCUUGACAUGUAAAAAAAAAAAAAAAAUUAAAUCAAAAUAAACGAAAAAAUCAAAAACUAUUGUAACAAAGUUGUUGCAAAGCCUUUAUCUUGAAA